AGGGACACCUUUUUACACUGCUGUGUCAUUAUUGAGACCCACCUGUGGAGAUGAUGGUCUGGCCUUGGUUAAUGAUCCUGACAGUUUGAAUUUUCGGCGCUCAUUCAGAAACAAUGGCAAACAGUGCAGUUAUACAUUUCUUGUUUGUGGUGGGGGUCUUUGAAAAAGGUCUAACAGCUCUGAUACAGACACAGCAGACUGUGGUGGCAGCAGUGGGAGAUGAAGCCUGUUUAACCUGUCAGCUCACACAAUCUAAAGACGUUCUUCAGGUCACAUGGCAGAAAAUUCUGCCUGAGGGGGAGAAGAAUCUCGCCACCAACAACAAAUUUUUUGGCCAAAGAGUGAAUGCAGGUUUUCAAGGCAAAUUGAAGUUUAAAGAUGUUGGACUGCAGAACUGCUCCAUAGUCAUCAGGGAGGUGACUGAGAACGAUAAAGGCUGCUAUCUCUGUUUGUUUAACACGUAUCCUGAUGGUGCUCUCACUGGUAGAACCUGCCUCCAACUCUAUGAGCUGCAUGAACCCAUUCUCCAUGUGAGAGAAUCAGACUCUGCUGAAGAGUCAGUUGUGUCCUGCUCGGCCACAGGACGACCUGCUCCAACAGUAACACUGACUGUCACACAACCACACCUCUCAGACCACAACACUGGCAGAGUCAACAACACCAACGGUACAGUCACUGUCACCACUACAGCUGAGCUGGCACGUUCCCGUGACAACAGUGCACAGGUUGGAUGUGCAGUGCGAGUGCUCUCUGUUCAGAAAGAGGUGUUUCUGAUGAUUCCUGAGCUCAAACAGACGUCUGCUGAUGAUGAUUUAACUUUGAUCAUUGCUGUGGUCGUGGUCGUGGCCUGUAGUUGUUGUGUUUUCGCAGUCGUUGCGUUUCUGUUCAUUCGAAAGCAUAAGAACAGUCUGCCACAAAAGGACUCUGAGAGGAACAAGACACCACAGAGAACAAUCAGAGACACUCAUGAAACCAAAACACCUUUAAUGAAGCAGGACAACGAGAUCAGGCAACGGACGUCUACAAAGAAAAGUCCAACAUCCCCCUCUGUAAGACCACUGACUUCAGCAGUAAAAAAACUUUUCACCUGAAUCAAAGACUAGAGACUCACAGUGUCCAAACUAAGACAGUCAGACUGGUAAGUCAGACAGAUUCUAAAAUACCUGUGCACUGGAAAAGAACUGAAAACCCUGCACAACAUUUAUCUCAUGUCUAAAGAGCACACAGAUGUUCACUGAAAUGUUCAUUUUUUUAAAAUAAGAAUUGGAACUUUUUUACAUGGAAACAAGAAUCAGUGGAUGGUUUUUCAUUACAUCUGACUCGGGAAGAAAAUCUUCUUCUCUGCACAACUUUCACUUCUUUCUUUAAAUGGUUGUAGCUUCUCUGCACUCUAUCUCUAACCAGCAACAACUGUAAUGGUUUGUAAAUACACCAAUGUAUACAGAUGUAUGUAUGCAUACUGUUGCAUCUGUUCUGUUUUUAAAUCUCGUACAGAAAUUGCAAAUAUUUGAUUAAAUAACAUUACAAAAUUAA